AUGUUUGCAGCUUUAAUGUGACUCUCGUGUGUCUCAGUUUCUGAGAUUUUGGUCUGUUUUGCUGCGUGUGCGUGUGUGGAACAGGAGACUGAGUCAGAGGCCCAUGGCUGAAGAGCUGGAGCAGAGGAACAUCCUCAAACCUCGUAAUGAACAGGAGCAGAUGGAGGAGAAGAGAGAGAUCAGACACAGACUCUCACGCAAGCUGAGUCAGAGGCCCACGGUGGAGGAGCUGCGACACGCUAAGAUUCUGAUCCGCUUCUGUGAUUACGUGGAGGUGGCAGACGCUCAGGACUACGACAGACGCGCAGACAAGCCCUGGACGAGACUCACAGCAGCCGACAAGGUGAGUGUAGACGGUCAGAGGAGUGUUGAUGGCUGAGAUGUGAUCGGUCCGCGUCACAUCGCUUCUACUGGGAUUUUCAUCAGUGAUGCACCAACAUUCAACAGCUGAAUUAUUUUAACAGAGAUCUUUUAGUCUGUGCUGUUUUCAGUUUCCAGACACUUCACUAGAGUCUGCUUGUAGCUCCUGCCAUUCAAUAAUU